AUGGAGUCUGGACUCCCUCUGAGCCAGAGCCCUCUGAAAUCAGAGCCUUCGGAUGAAAGUGACACUAACAAAAAGCCCAAACAAACAAGCAGAAAAAAGAAGAAAGAGAAAAAGAAGAAAAGGAAGCAUCACCACAAGAAAACCAGGAGAAAACAUGGGCGGUCCAGUAGCAGUGGGUCUGAGCCAGAUAGUGAUUCUGAAAAGGAUAAAGCUUCCAGAAGCAUUAGAGACAGUAAAAAGGAAUCCGAGAAACCCAACCGAGAAGGGAACGCCGUCGCUGAUACUGGGCACCGCUGCGUCUGGCUUGAGGACGUUCAGGCUCUCACAGGGGAAACCUUCAGAACAGAUAAGAAACCGGAUCCUGCAAACUGGGAGUAUAAGUCUCUCUACCGAGGAGAUAUAGCAAGAUACAAGAGGAAAGGGGACUCCUGCCUUGGCAUUAACCCUAAGAAGCAGUGCAUAUCCUGGGAGGGGGCUGCCACAGAAAAGAAGCACUCACACAAGCAUGUCGAGCGCUAUUUCACGAAGAAGAGCGUGGGACUGAUGAACGUUGACGGAGUCGCCGUUGGCGGUAAAACCGAACCUCCCUCAUCUGAGCCGGUCUCAUUUAUCCCAGUGAAGGGCUCGGAUGAUGUGGUUCCUCCCGUUACGACCUGGCUGAACCCUCUGGGGAUUUACGAUCAGUCCACCACGCAGUGGUUACAAGGACAGGGUCCUUCAGAGCAAGAAUCAAAGCGGCCAGACUCACAGACAGACAGAGAGCAUGCCCUGCUCAAGGCCAAGGUGGAGGAGUUUAACAGGAGAGUUCGGGAGAAUCCCCGGGAUAUUCAGCUGUGGAUGGCAUUUGUUGCUUUUCAGGACGAGGUCAUAAAGAGCCCUGGCCUGUAUGCCAUCGAGGAAGGAGAGCAGGAAAAGCGGAAGCGGUCUCUGAGGCUCGUUCUGGAGAAGAAGCUGGCCAUCCUGGAGCGGGCCAUCGAAAGCAACCAGAGCAGCGUGGACCUGAAACUCGCCAAGCUGAAGCUCUGCUCCGAGUUCUGGGAGCCCUCCGCCCUGGCCAAAGAGUGGCAGAAACUGAUCUUUCUGCAUCCCAACGAUACAGCCCUGUGGCAGAAAUACCUUUUAUUUUGCCAGAGCCAGUUUAGCACCUUUACGGUGUCAAAAAUUCACGGUCUGUAUGGCAAGUGCUUGAGCACCUUGUCUGCCGUGAAGGACGGCAGCAUCUUAUCGCACCCCGCCCUGCCAGGCACCGAGGACGCCAUGUUUGGUCUCUUUCUUCAGCAAUGCCACUUCCUGCGGCAGGCUGGUCACUCUGAGAAGGCGGUCUCUCUGUUCCAGGCCAUGGUCGACUUCACCUUCUUCAAACCCGACAGUGUGAAAGACCUGCCCACCAAAGGACAGGUGGAAUUCUUUGAGCCCUUCUGGGACAGUGGGGAGCCCCGGGUUGGCGAGAAGGGUGCCCGAGGCUGGAGAGCGUGGAUGCACCAGCAGGAGCGGGGCGGCUGGGUGGUCAUCAGUCCAGAUGAUGAUGAUGAUGAGCCAGAAGACGAGGACCAGGAAAUAAGAGAGAAGAGUCUGCCCAGGUGGCAGAUCUGGCUUGCCACCGAGCGGUCCCGAGACCAGAGGCACUGGCGGCCGUGGCGCCCUGAUAAGACCAAGAAGCAAACCGAGGAAGACUGUGAGGAUCCAGAGAGACAGGUGCUGUUUGAUGACAUUGCCCAGUCUAUGAUCCGUCUUUCCAGCCAGGAUCUUCAGUUUCAGCUGGUUGCGGCCUUUCUGCAGUUCCUGGGCGUGCCUUCUGGCCUCAGCCCUCCAGCCUCCUGCCUCUACCUGGCCAUGGAUGAGAACAGCAUCUUCGAUGACGGGCUUCAUGACGAAAUGCCACUGACUUUUCUCAACCUUUCCUCUUCCGGUGUCAGCUGCGUUGGCUGCUCAGACCCAUUGGGCCGCCAGCGCUGGACCCGGGGUCACAAUCGAGAGGGCGAGGAGUUCAUCCGCAACAUCUUUCACCUUGUGAUGCCUUUGUUUUCAGGCCGGGAGAGGUCUCAGCUCUGCUUCUCCUGGUUACGGUACGAGAUCGAGAAGGUCAUUUGGUGUCUGCACACUAAAAACAAGAAGAGGCUAAAGUCACAGGGAAAGAACUGCAAGAAACUAGCCAAAAAUCUCCUGAAGGAGCCAGAAAACCGCAACAGUUUUUGCCUCUGGAAGCAGUACGCACAUCUGGAGUGGCUGCUUGGCAACACCGAGGACGCCAGGAAGGUGUUCGAUGCGGCGCUCAGCAUGGCGGGGGGCAGAGACCUGAGGGACCGUGAGCUGUGUGAGCUCGGCCUCCUCUACGCCGGGCUGGAGGCGGAGCUGUUGCCGGACCCGAGAGGGGCCGCCACGGCACGAGCCGUUCACGUACUGACCAGGCUGACGGAGCAGGGGCCCUGCGGGCCCUACUCCGGGCAGGCGCUGGCCGUUCACAUCUUGAAAGCUCGGAAGGCGUACGAACACGCGCUGCAGGACUGUUUGGGCGACAGCUGUGUGUCCGCUCCGGCUCCCAGCGACUCCUUCGACCGCCUGACUAGCCUGGUGAAAUGCUUCAUGCUCUUUCAGUACUUGACCGUAGGGAUCGACGCGGCCGUGCGGGUGUACGAGCAGGUGCUCGCAAAACUGAAGGGCUCUGUUCCCCCAGGGGGCUCCGGCCCGGAGGACGGUGCCCGCGCCCAGGGCCCCCACGGCGUGCUGGAGGCCGUGACGCUGAUGCACACGAGCCUGCUCAGGUUCCACACGAAAGUCAGCCUUUACCCCCUGGCUCCUCUGCGACAGGCUCUCUCCGAGGCGUUAAGGUUGUACCCAGGCAACCAGGUGCUUUGGCGGGCAUACGUGCAGAUUCAGAGCAGGUCCCACACAGCCAGUGAGACCAGAAGAUUUUUCGACGCGGUCACCAGGUCUACCAAACUCUUGGAGCCUUGGUUGUUUGCGAUCGAGGCCGAGAAAAUGAGGAAGAGACUGGUGGAAAGUGUUCAGAGGGUAGAUGGUAGAGAGGUCCACGCCACAAUUCCCGAGACCGGCUUGACACAUCGCAUCAGAGCCCUGUUUGAAAAUGCGUUGCGGAGCGACAACGGCAGCCAGUGCCCCUUACUGUGGAGGAUGUACCUGAAUUUUUUGGUUUCCUUAGGAGACAAAGAAAGGAGCAAAGGCGUGUUCUACAAAGCACUUCAGAAUUGUCCCUGGGCGAAGGUGCUGUACCUGGAUGCUGUGGAGCACUUCCCCGAAGAGAUGCAAGAGGUCCUGGACCUGAUGACGGAGAAGGAGCUCCGGGUGCGCCUGCCCGUCGAGGAGCUGGCGCUUCUGCUGGAGGACUAG